AUGGCCACCACGAAUGGCACCGCCAACGGCGUCAAUGGCCAUGACAACCUCUCCGCCAACGACAACAUCCAGCGAUUCGCCGCUCCCAGCAGACCUCUGAGCCCACGCCCAGAGCACCAGCUCUUCCACCCCAAGACAAGAUGUUUCGUCUACGGCAUGCAGACCAGAGCGGUGCAGGGUAUGCUCGAUUUCGACUUCAUCUGCAAACGCAAGACCCCCUCUGUCGCGGGUAUCAUCUACACCUUUGGUGGCCAGUUCGUCAGCAAGAUGUACUGGGGAACUUCGGAGACGCUGCUCCCAGUCUACCAAUCGGUGGAAACUGCCAUGGCCAAGCACAGUGACGUCGACUGCGUCGUGAACUUUGCCUCGUCGAGAUCCGUCUACAGCUCCACCAUGGAGCUGAUGGAGUUCCCCCAGAUCAAGUCCAUCGCCAUCAUCGCCGAGGGUGUGCCAGAGCGCCGCGCACGUGAAAUUCUCCAUGUCGCCAAGAAGAAGGGCAUCACCAUCAUUGGCCCGGCCACUGUUGGUGGUAUCAAGCCCGGUGCGUUCAAGAUUGGUAACACUGGUGGUAUGAUGGACAAUAUCGUCGCCUCCAAGCUCUACCGCAAGGGCUCUGUAGGCUACGUCUCCAAGUCGGGUGGUAUGUCCAAUGAGCUAAACAACAUCAUUGCACAAAACACCGACGGUGUGUACGAGGGUGUUGCCAUUGGUGGUGACAGAUACCCCUCGACCACUUUCAUUGACCACUUGCUCCGCUACCAGGCCGACCCAGACUGCAAGAUCCUGCUCUUGCUCGGUGAGGUCGGUGGUGUUGAGGAGUACCGUGUGAUCGAGGCUGUGAAGAAUGGCACUAUUACCAAGCCCAUUGUUGCAUGGGCCAUUGGUACCGUCGCCAGCAUGCUCAAGACUGAGGUGCAGUUCGGCCACGCUGGUGCCAUGGCUAACUCUCAGCUCGAGACUGCCGCUGUGAAGAACAAGUCCAUGCGUGAUGCUGGCUUCUUCGUCCCAGACACCUUCGAGGACCUCCCCUCAACUCUCAGCUCGGUUUACAAGAAGAUGAUCAGCGCUGGCCACAUCAAGCCAGCUGCUGAGCCAGCUGUUCCCAAGAUCCCCAUUGACUACUCCUGGGCUCAGGAGCUUGGUCUUAUCCGUAAGCCAGCUGCCUUCAUCUCCACCAUUUCGGACGACCGUGGCCAGGAGCUUUUGUACGCCGGUCUCCCAAUCUCGGACGUGUUCAAGGAGGAUAUUGGAAUCGGUGGUGUCAUGUCCCUGCUGUGGUUCCGCCGCAGACUGCCCCUCUACGCCAGCAAGUUCUUGGAGAUGGUUCUCAUGCUUACUGCCGACCACGGUCCAGCCGUGUCCGGUGCCAUGAACACCAUCAUUACCACCCGUGCCGGCAAGGAUCUUAUCUCUGCGCUGGUCGCUGGUCUUCUCACCAUUGGAUCUCGUUUCGGUGGUGCUCUUGAUGGUGCUGCCGAGGAGUUCACUCGCGCAUUCGACAAGGGCCUCUCUCCUCGUGACUUCGUCGACACCAUGCGUAAGGAGAACAAGCUGAUCCCUGGUAUUGGUCACCGUGUCAAGUCACGAAACAACCCCGAUCUCCGAGUCUCCCUCGUCAAGGAAUACUGCCAGGCCAAAUUCCCCUCCACCAAGCUCCUCGACUACGCUCUCGCCGUCGAAACCGUCACGACGUCAAAGAAAGACAACCUCAUUCUCAACGUUGACGGCUGCAUUGCCGUCUGCUUCGUCGAUCUUCUCCGCAACUCUGGUGCCUUCAGCCCCGAGGAGGCCGAGGACUACCUCAAGAUGGGUGUACUCAACGGUCUUUUCGUCCUCGGUCGUUCGAUCGGUCUUAUUGCCCACUACCUCGACCAGAAGAGACUGCGCACUGGCCUGUACAGACAUCCAUGGGAUGACAUCACCUACCUGCUCCCAGAGCUUGGCAAGGGUGCUCCAGGCAACGAGGGCCGUGUGGAAGUCAGCGUCAAAUAG